CCGGGGCCAGGGCCAGCUCUGUAGUAUUCGGGUAGACUGGUGGGUGCAAUUAUCUGCCUCCUGAGUUUUCAGUAUAUAAUAAACUUGGAGGUUGGAGCACCAAUUUCUUGUUCGACACCAGUCUACCACCGUGGCCACUCCACCUUCCAUUGCCAGCCCAGCCACCCAUGGCGACCAGCGGAUCUAGUUCUCAAGUAGGCCCCGUCCCGUUCAUGGACGUCGAGAACGACACCGACAUGGUCACCGUCGUGACGGAGAGUCCUCCAGAAGAGCACGCCGGCCUGGUCUCCGGCCUACCAUGCUGCACGGUCGCCGGCAUGUCCAACAUGAAGCUCCGCUGCUACCAGGGCUUCUGGAUACGGGAGAGCUGGGUCCCGGCGGCCGUCGCGCUCAAGCGCCGCUUCGAGCCCCGCCCCGACGACGUCAUCGUCGCCAGCCCGAUGAAGUGCGGGACCACGUGGCUCAUCGCGCUGACGUUCGCCACCAUGGCGCGGCGCGCGCACCCGCCCAACGCCGUCGACCACCCACUCCGCCACCUGAACCCGCACCAGUGCCUCCCGUUCCUGGAGGGCCUAUUCGCCGGCGGCCGGGAGAGCGAGCUCGACGGGUUCCCAUCCCCGCGGCUCAUGAACACGCACAUGCCGCUCGCCAUGAUCCCGCGUGCCGCGCCGCCGGCCGCCGGCGACGGCGGCGGCUGCAGGGUCGUCUACAUCUGCAGGGAGCCCAAGGACAUGGCCGUCUCCCUGUGGCACUACUUCCGGCGAGUUCAUCCGGAGCUGACACUGGGCGACAUCGUCGACGGUGCCUGCGACGGCACCACGCCGGGCGGGCCGUUCUGGGACCACAUCCUCGGCUACUGGCGCGCCAGUGUGGCGAGGCCGGAGAACUUGCUCUUCCUGCGGUACGAGGACCUUCUGCGCGACCCCUCGGAGAACGUCCGGAGGCUGGCGCGGUUCGUCGGGCUGCCGUUCUCCGCGGCGGAGGAGGACGCCGGCGUUGUCCGGGGCAUCGUCGAGCUGUGCAGCCUCGACAGCCUGAGGGGCAUGGAGGCGAAUAGGACCGGCUACGUGGACUCGCGUAUCAAGAUCCCACGCGAAGCUCUCUUCAGGAAGGGUGUGUCCGGCGACUGGAAGAACCAUAUGACGCCGGAGAUGGCGCGCCGCAUGGACGAGAUCAUCGCCGACAAGCUACACGCCUCAGGAAUCACGUUUCAGUGAAUUCGAGCGUGGCCUACCUUGGUGGGCAAUGGGCAUUCAUGACCAAGACCAACCGAUCGUGGAAGUGGUUGGUAUUAUUAUUAUAAUGAUCUCGUCUUCCAGAACAGCACCCCGUCGUGGGGGCGAUUCUGGCUCACAUGCUGCGACGAAGCUCGGUUGUGGAGCCACCGACUAAAGCUCGAAGAUCAUCAUGCCUGUGUUCCCUCUUUUGUUUAAUGUAAACUAAUGUAGCUCCAUCUUGGAGAGUACCCCCUCCCCCCUGUUUUUUCUUGCUUAAGAUCCAAUGUACAAUGCAUUUUGGCCUGACAAAAAGGCCCCAUAAUGAAUUCAGGUGGGGCACUCCCCCCUUGACCCUUCAAAAAAAAAAAAUUUCUGCCUUGUCCAAAAAUGCUGUACCUACUCUGCAUUGAUCAUCAAA